UCAUCGUUUAGAGCGACAAAGUGGGAUCCUAUUUACAUUCUAUCUCAAAUAUUUGCAUUACAAUCACUGAGCUAUAUCCUCUUCAGCCUACUUCUUUCCAUUGCCCUCCUACUACUCGGGACAGCAGAUACAUCGCUCGACCUUAUAUUUGACGAUGCUGAGAUUCGCACAGAUACAGGCUUUGGUUGGUCUCUCAUCAUACUAUGGAUCGUCCAUGCUUUCAUCACCAUACUCCUUUUAACGUUUAUUGUACAGCGUGCUCGACAGAUUUUGGAUUUCGUCUUGACAUUUCACUUUCUUCACUUUUGUUUAUGCUGUUAUCUCAACUCCCGAUGGCCAUCCAGUAUAGCAUGGUGGUUGUUGCAAGGAGUCGACAUCAUCAUCAUGACUUUUGGAGGUGAAUGGGCUUGCAUGAAGAAUGAAAUGAAACCCAUCUUGAUUACCGGAGGAACGAAAAGGCCCACGAGCCAUAAAAUGAGUGAUACAACGACACUAUCCACAGAGCCAGACAUUGAACUGGGAGACAUGGCGGCCAGUAGUAGUCAUAGUCAA